AUGUUGUAUCACUUUUUUGUCUGUUUGUUGUAUCGUUUAGGUGUGCUUGGUUGUUGUUGUUUGUAUUUGUUAAAUAUAUAUUAUUCUUCACUUCCCCUUGCCUUUCACCUCCUUCUCAUCCUCCCCCCCUUUUUUUUUUGUUUUUUAGUUUUUUGUUUUUUUGUAUUUGUUUUACUUUUCUUCCAUCUUUGCCUGCCCGCUCCCUUUGCCAUGGUACAGCGCCUACAUCGACAAAUUAUUAUCAUCAAUAAUGUUGUUAUAAUGUACUAA